CAAAAGACCCAACUUAUGACGAUUGCAAUUAUAUCACUACCUUGGGGACAAUAUGGUCAACCUCAAUUUCCCAAGGUUUUGUAAUGACUUACUGAAAAAAAAAAAAAACACAGUAAGGUUUUUCUUCGGUUUCUCGUGUAUCCAUGGCGAUUCUUGGCAAUGAGAAUAACCACUAAGACCGUCUAAGACAAACAUAAAAACCUAACAGACACAAUUGUUGUCGCAACGAAAUGUUGAAGCUUCUCUACUUCUCUUCGUGCCUUCAGAACCGACUCCACACCCUACUUCCCACAAGUAUCCCAACACCCUCACACCACUCGACGGCGCCGUUUCUUCCUGCUUUGACCUCUCUCACUGGUUUCGCUCUUCAUCCUCGUGCAUUUUUUUGCUCGGACGCGAAUGAUUGUCCGGAGCCAGGGGCCGAGGCAAAGCCUUCCCCCGCAAUUUUAUCUAAGAACCCCAGACCCGAUGGUUAUGUAACGGAACUGGGAUUGGAGACGAAUGAUAAAAUUGCACUAUCUGCAAAUUUUAAGGAAAGGCUUGAACCAAACAAGGAAAAUUUCCCACCUCAUGUUUUGCGAGUUACGGAGGAAGAUCCUAUAAAACCACAGUUGUUAGAGGCAUCUUCAAGUGAAUUCAGCAUUUCAUUAGUUUCAGAGCUCAUAGCAAAUCAACACUGGUCUAAGCUCAAAACCCAUCUCGAAGACAUGAAUCCGAUCAAGUUUCUUCAUCAUUUGUUUGAAUCAAAUGUUGAUCCAGAGCUCAUUAUGAGGUACUUCAAUUGGUCCCAGAAAGAGCUUAAUGUUUCAUAUCCACUUGAAUUGACUUGUAGACUCUUACAUUCACUAGCACGUGCCCAAAAAUACUCAAGGAUUAGAGCUUUCUUAGAUAGGUUUGUAAAGAAGAAUAAGGAACACUCAAACUUCACAAUAUUUCACUCGUUAUCACUGUAUGACAAUUAUUUUCAUCACAUGAAUACAAUCAUUGUUGAUAUUUUGGUAUGGGCAUAUUCUGUAAAUUUGAAGACCCAAUUGGCUAUUGAGGCUUUUCAAAGAGCUGGUGAUUAUGGGUACAAGUUAUCUUUCUUUACAUGUAAUCCCUUGUUGUCUGCUUUGGUUAAAGAGAAUAAAAUUGGGUAUGUGGAGUACCUGUACAAGGAGAUGAUUAAGAGAAAGAUUAAGGUUAAUUUGUAUACUUUUAACAUUGUGAUCAAAGGGUUGUCUAAAGUUGGGAAAUUGAACAAGGCUAGAGAUCUCAUCAAUGAUAUGAAGGCCUUUGGAAUUUUGCCAAAUGUGAUUACAUAUAAUACAGUAAUGCAUGGAUAUUGCAAGAUGGGAAAGUCAGGAAUGAUGUAUAAAGCUGAUGCUGUUUUGAAGGAAAUGAUUGCUAAUAAAAUUAGCCCUUGCCCAAUUACCUACAAUAUAUUGAUUGAUGGAUUCUGUAAAGAUGAGAAUGUAUUGGCUGCAUUGAAAGUGUUUGAAGAAAUGAAAAGGCAGGGUCUGAAACCUGAUGAUAUUACCUACAAUACACUGAUCAACGGACUAUGUACAGAAGGGAAGCUUGAAGAGGCUUGUGCUUUGAGGGAUGAAAUGGUUGGCCUCAGCUUGAAGCCAAAUGUCAUUACCUACAAUGCAUUUAUCAAUGGAUUUUGCAAGAAGAAAAUGGUGAAGGAAGCUGUUGAGUUAUUUGACGAUAUCAUAAGUCAGGGUUUAUCGCCCGAUGUUAUAACUUUCAACACUUUGAUUGAUACAUACUGUAGAAAUGGGAUGAUGGACAAAGCAUUUCUCUUACUCAGUACAAUGUUGGAAAAAGGAAUAUUCCCUAAUGUUUCAACUUAUAACUCCUUAAUUGCUUGUUUUUGUAGACAAGGGAACAUGGAAAAAGCAAGACAGCUUUUAGAUGAUAUGCAGAAGAAGGAUCUAAAAGCUGAUUUUAUAACAUAUAGCAUACUAAUGGAUGGGCUUUGUAAGAAAGGGGAGACAGGAAAGGCUAGAAGAAUGAUGAAUGACAUGUUGAAGUCAGGUUUGAAUUUAACUCAUUUGAUGUACAAUAUACUGAUAGAGGGCUACUGCAGAGAAGGUAACAUGGGGGCUGCACUGAAUGUGAGAUUGCAGAUGGAAAAAGACGGUAAGCGGGCAAACAUAGUUACUUAUAAUUUGUUGAUUAAGGGAUAUUGUGAGAAGGGCAUGCUUGAAGAUGCAAAUAGGUUACUUAAUGAGAUGUUGGAGAAAGGUUUAGUCCCGAACCGAAUUACUUAUGAUGUUGUAAGAGAGGAAAUGUUGGAAAAGGGUUUCUGUCCUGAUAUAGCAGGACAUCUCAGCUAUGUCUCCUCUGGCAGCUGAAGAUUGGAAAAUGGUAGCUUAGUUUCUUCCCCUAAAGUGACCAUCUUUGUUUGAUAAUCUCUCAGAAAAUGAAAGAGAUGCACAAGAUUAGCUUAUUUCAUAAUUCCAUGUGAUGAAAUGGGUAAAAUUCAAGUAGGAAGGUUAGUCAACAAUGACAACCAUAUUGGGAAGAUAACAGAAGUGGAUGAGCUUCACCCAUUAAGCGACGAGGAAGAAGCGUAGAUUGUAUAUAAUUUUGCACAAGGUUCGUUUAUUAGGCCGCAUAAGAAUAGUAAUGUAUUAAAUAAUAAAUAACACUGUGUUUGAAUAAAACAAUGUAUUGUAUUAACUAGUACGACCAAAAUUUUUAAUACAACGUAAGUUGUAUUAUUUAA